UGUCUCUUUCUCUCCUUCUCAGCCCCCGGUACCUCCGUGGGCUCCUCGUCCUCCUGUGGGCGGCGUUCCCACUGGUGCAGCGUAGCCUACUGGGAACAGCAGACGCGGGUCGGCCGCCUCUACCCGGCCCACGAGCCCUCGCUCAGCAUCUUCUACGACCUACCUCAGGGCACGGGCCUCUGCCUGGGCCAACUCAACGCCGUUGCCAACGCUAGCAGUGUCCAGCGAACGCGCAGCAAAAUCGGCUAUGGGAUUGUCCUGAGCCAAGAACCUGACGGAGUGUGGAUCUACAACCGUAGCCAGCACCCAGUGUUUGUCCACUCGCCCACCCUGGACCUGCCCAGCUCAGUGAGGGGACUGACGGUUAGGAGGGUGAUGCCUGGCUACUCACUCAAAGUGUUUGACUAUGACAAGUCCAGUUGGAUCCUGCAGCAGGGCAUGGAGCCCCCUGUGGGGCUGGAGGGCCCCUAUGACCCCCACAGUGUGAGGAUCAGCUUCGCCAAGGGCUGGGGCCCCUGCUACUCCAGACAGUUCGUCACCUCCUGCCCCUGCUGGGUGGAGGUGUUGCUCAAUACCCACAGAUAGCACACAGACUAGGAAGACAGACAGGGGGAUGGAUGGACAGGCAGAUACACGGAUGGACAGACGGGGAAACACAAAUACAAUACACGUAUAUACUUACACAGGUGCUCACAGGUAUAUGUGUACACACACACACAUACACACACACACACAUACAGACACACACACACACACACACACACACACACACACACACACACACACACACACACACACAC